AACCCUCAAGGAGAAAGAGCUCUCAGGCACGACAAGAAAAAAAAUACAAAAAAUAAAAAAUAAAAAAUCAAGUUUUACUAUGGCAGAAGAAUUGCAUGCCGGAAUUUGUGAAGGGACAUGGUGGAAGUCGUCGAAAACCAUGCUUUCAGGGUUUCCUUCGUCGUCUCCUACUGAGAUCGCAGACCUGGGAAUUAGCUUCGGAUGGGCUACGAAUAUGGCGGACGAUAUCGAGGCAAGGUCUUCUAAUAACAAGGAAAAGCAUCAGCAAGCUGCAGAUUCUCAUAAUAAUGGCAGCAGUGUUUUCAUUGAUUCUUCCUUAAAAAUGAUGGAUUUUGGUCUUUCAUCAACACCCGAUUGUAACCAAUCUUUUCAGUUGAGUUGCAGGCAAGAACCUGUAGCCAUGGAUUCAGCACUGCUACAAGGUUUAUUAUUUGAACCUGAUGCUCAAGCUCAACAACACUCACUUAAUUUCAACAACCGGUCCAUCAACCAUAUGCCUGCCGGUGCCACUUAUGGGGCAAACGCUAAUGGAAUAUUAUCACCUCCAUGGCCAAAACUAGCUCCUUUCGUAAGGCCAUCAUUGCCGAAGCAGCUUCCCUGUAGCUUACCCUUACCGCAAUCACAAGUUCUUUUACAAACAUUUGAAAAUAAACUCAACUGCCCCCGCCCCACGAUAGAGACUAAUACCAAACAAGUACGAAACUUAGCGUCAGUGAUGAAGAAAGGAAGUGGUGAAUCUCCAUUAAAGAGGCCAAGAAUUGAAACGCCAUUGCCAUUACCAACUUUUAAGGUCCGGAAAGAGAAGCUAGGGGACCGAAUCACUGCACUCCAGCAAUUGGUUUCACCUUUUGGAAAGACUGAUACAGCAUCUGUUCUCCAUGAAACUAUUGAAUACAUCAAGUUCCUCCAUGAUCAAGUCAAUGUUUUAAGUACUCCAUAUGUGAAACAAGCAGCUACUUCCAUGCAACAGGGUAUUGAUCAUAGGUUGAAAGACACAGAAGGGUCAAAACAAGACCUACGAAGCCGAGGGUUAUGUUUGGUGCCAAUCUCCACCACAUUCACAGUUGCUAAUGAGACCACUGCUGAUUUUUGGACGCCAGCAUUUGUUGGAACUUUGAGGUAGGAAAAAGAAAAGACGAUUAGAAAAGCUAAAAGGGGUCUUACAAUAAAUACUGUAGUAAUAGAAUAAGAACAGCAAAAUAUAAUGGAAAACUCAGAAAAAAAAAACCUAAAGAAAACAGAAAAAAGAGGAAAAAAAAAAAUGCUGGAGUACUCCAGGGUCAGCAUAACAAGCAGAAUUGAUGUAGGUCUAGCAAAAUUAUGAUUGGUUAAUGUUUCUAUUUGCAUUGAAGUAUCAAAUGAAAUGUAAAGAGAGGAAAUUAAUACACAAAAGGAUUAUUAUUUAUUGCA